AUGGAUAUAGAAAAAGUAUGUAACAUAAAUCUCAGUGGAGAAAACAGGCUUUUAAGAGAAAAAAGUACAGAAGAUACUGAUUUUAAAGAUAAUAAAGAUGUUAAAAAUUUAUGUGAUUUAACAGAAAAUUAUAAUUUUUUUAAAAGUAAUAAUGUAAAUGAUGAAUCAUGUGAUGAAAGAGUUAAAAAUAAAAGUGAAAAUACAUUUAAUGAAAUUAUUGAUAUCUCUGAAGGAAAAAGUGAAAAUUGUUUUGAUGAAAAAAAUGAAUAUUCCAUUAUAGAAAGAAGUGAUUAUUCUUUUGAUGAAAAAAGCAAUUUUUCACUAGGAGAAACAAAUAAAAAAAAAAGUGUGUCAUCAAAUCCACCUUAUGAUGAAAAUUUAUUAAAAACAGAUAUAGAUUUAGAAGAAAAUAUAUAUAAAGAUAUGGAAAUAAAUACCUCCAAUGAAAAUUUUAUAAAAGAAGAUGAAAAAAGUAAAAUUGCUUCAUUACUCACGAGUAAAUCUAUGCAGGAAGAGAAAUAUGAAAAAGAUAAUAUAAAAAAUAAAAAAAAAAACAAUGAAGAAAAAGUAAAAUAUAUAUAUAAAACAUAUACAGCAGCUCCUAUUUCUCAAACUGAGAAAACGGGCCUUUGGCUAAUUGACACAGUUAAUGAGCUAUUAGAUAAAUUAUGUGACAUUAACAAUAAAGAUAAUUAUUUAAAUAAUAUAGAUAUAGUACAAAAGUACCCUAAUGAUGAUAUUCUUUAUACCAAAUUAAAUGAAAAUGUAAAGGUAAAGUGGCCAGAUUAUUUAAAAUUAAAUAAUUUAAUAUAUUAUAAUCAUAUUUUAAAUAUAUACGAAAUUAUGUAUAAAAAGUUCAUGAAAGAUGAACGAAUUUUUGUUCAAAAUAAAGAAUUAAUUAAAAGAGAUGUUUCAAUACCUUUACCAAAAUUUCCUUACAAGGAUUUAAAGGACAGAUGCAUUUCAAAAUGUUACAAAAAUUUACCGGAGUUAAAGGUCAUUAACGAAGAAAGUGAGAUGAUGCAAUGUAAUAAUACAAAAGAUGAUGCAUUUUUAAAUUUUUUUUUUAAACAUCUUGCUGAUCAUAUAAAAAAUAAAUAUAAUGAAUUUUGUGAUAAUAUAGGAGAAAAAUUAGAAAAAGUAGAAAAAAAAAAUUGCAGUUUUAAAGAGUACUGCAUGGAAGUUUCAAAAAUUUUUGCUAGUAAUAUUUUAAAUAUGAUAUCAUUUUCUAAGAUCCCAGUUAUACUAAACAGUAUUAUUGAAUCUGUCCACUCAUGUAUAAAAUAUCAAAAUGAAAAAGAAAUAGAAGAUAAUAUUUUCAUUAGUUCAUCUAAUUUACAAUGUAAUAAUAAAAUGGAGACUCUCUAUUCUUUGCCAAUGGAUUCAUGUAACACUACUUUUAAUUUAAACACAACUAUUCAGUUAAAUAAUAGUCAAAAUAAAACUACUCCGUUAAAUUCUAAUUAUUGUUUGUAUUCUAAUAAAGAAAAUAGGAAUUUUUCAUUUUCUUCACCACAAAAAAAAUAUAAUUACACAAGUAAUUUUAGUACUUUGCCAAGAUAUACUAAAACAUAUGCAAAUAACAGAAGUAAAUUGAGUAAAUGUUUCAGAACAGAUGAUAUAUUAAAAUACAAAGAGAUGAAGAACAAUUACAUUAGCACAAAUAUGCCAUUUGACAAUAAAAGAAAUUAUUUUUCUUCAAAAAGUCAAAAUGCAAAUAGAAAUAUGCAUGAAAAUGAAAGCGAAAAAGAAAAAGAAAAAGAAAAUGAUAAGUACUCAGAAAAAGAUUCUAAUAUAUCUACUAAUAUUUUUAGUGGCCCCCCUAAAGUGGCCAAUGCAUACAAUUACUACACUGUUAAUUCAUUACCAAUUGAUGAUUCUUUAAAAUUGGAAAAUUCACAUUAUAAUAAAAGAAGCCAAGUAGCAUCUUCCGAAUUUUUAGAAUGCGAAAGUAAUAGUACACCUAACUGUUAA